AUGUCGUUUAGCAUGCAGAAUAAUUGGUCCCAUACGUUUCAUUUAUUCGGUCAGCCAGGAACAAACAUCGCACUCUGCGUAUCACUGUAUCAGAGUUGGUUUUUGCAGGUUAUUAUUUACUUCAAAAUAGAAUUUUUGGUUGAUCGAGUUACAACAAGAAAUUUAUUCCUUCCAGAUGAAGUAGACUAUACUGAUGGCAGACCUAAAAGAACGUCUCAUCCCGCCUAGACCUUCAUCUUCUGUAAACCGUAGAGAUGCGUCUUACAGGCAAUCUGCGAUUGGGCGCCAGCCUUUUCAAGGAGUGGAUGUUCUAGGCCUGAAAAAGCGUGGCCAAGGUCUUCGAUCAUGGAUCCGUGUUGAUGCUGCAACUGGAGACUCUCAAGUUAUUGAGGUUGACAAGUUUACCAUGAUGCGUCGUUGUGAUCUCCCUGCACGUGAUCUUCGCCUACUUGAUCCUUUAUUUGUCUACCCGUCAACAAUUCUUGGCAGAGAGAAGGCGAUAGUCGUGAAUUUGGAGCAGAUUCGGUGUAUUAUAACAUCUGAUGAAGUCCUGCUUUUGAAUUCUCUUGAUAGUUAUGUACUACAGUACGUGGUGGAAUUGCAACGACGUUUGAAAGCUGCGGGGGAUGAUGUUUGGCAGUCAGAAAGUUCUGACUCUAAUAGACGAAGAGGGGGUAGGACUUUUCGGGAUAUGUUUGGGUGCACAUCACCUGAUUACUUGCCCUUUGAGUUCAGGGCUUUAGAAGUUGCUCUUGAGGCUGCUUGUACAUGUUUGGACACACAGGCAGCAGAAUUAGAAAUCGAAGCAUAUCCGUUGCUAGAUGAACUUACAUCUAAGAUUAGUACUUCAAACUUGGAACAUGUACGUAGACUGAAAAGCAGACUAGUUGCAUUGACUCGGAGGGUUCAGAAGGUUAGAGACGAGAUAGAGCAACUCAUGGAUGAUGAUGGUGAUAUGGCUGAAAUGUACCUUACUGAGAAGAAAAGACGAAUGGAAUCAUUUAUCUAUGGUGGAGAUCAAUCUUUGGCAGGAUACAGAUCAACGGAUGGUAUUCAAUCUGUUUCUGCUCCUGUUUCUCCGGUUUCUUCGCCUCCAGAAGGUAGAAGGCUGGAAAAAAAUUUGAGUCUUGCAAGGAGCAGGUACGAUAGCAUAAGGAGUUCAGAGAGUGCUACAGAAAACAUUGAUGAACUGGAAAUGUUAUUGGAGGCUUAUUUUAUCGUCACAGAUAGCACUCUUAAUAAGCUUACAUCGCUGAAGGAAUACAUUGAUGAUACUGAAGAUUUUAUCAAUAUUCAACUGGAUAAUGUUCGGAACCAGCUUAUACAGUUUGAGUUGCUGCUGACGACAGGGACAUUUGUUGUUGCCAUAUUUGGAGUCAUAGCAGGGAUAUUUGGUAUGAAUUUCGAGAUAUCUCUAUUUGAGUACCCAUCGGCUUUCAAAUGGGUACUUCUGAUUGCUGGUGUUUGUGGAGCUUUGCUAUUCAGUUCAUUUUUGUGGUUUUACAAGUACAAAAGGCUCAUGCCAUUGUAGAUGGUCUAUGGUAACAUGAGAGUUGGAAAGUAGGAGAUCCUACCAAAUGUGUGGCUCGUAAUGAUCUUUUCAAAUGUGACCCAAAUCGUUAAUGCAGAUCAAACGUAGUGUGAAUUUUAUUGAUGGGUUCAUUUGACUUGGAUAUGGGAUCACCCCUUUCUUACAACUGUAAUUAGAAGCAGGUGCUUACAAUUUACAGGUGUUUGGAUGUAUGUUUAUAAGUAAUUCUAUUUUAAUAACUAGAAUAAAUACUCGGUUGUAACUAAAUCAACUUUAGGAUAUAAUAUAUCAUUUGUAUAA